UCCCAUGACAGCCCAAUAUACUACCAAUAACCCCCGAAUUCGGUUCCAUGACAGCCGACUAUAUCACCAAGAACCCCCAAAAUCAGAGCCCUACACUUCUUUUUUGAGAGAAUUAAGAGAGGAGAUUGAAUGAUCCUGGAUUUGAGAAGAGGAAUCAAUCGAUUGAUGAGAUGAUUAGAGUAAACUUACAGUGAUGUUGAGAUUUGAGAGAGGAAAUCAAUUAAACACCUAUCGAUUUCUGAAUCAAGAAAUUAUCGAGUUAUCGACGAUGGCCCUAGCUGCUUCUGAUCCUGCCGACACCACCAAUAUUUGCAGUCACUGGGACUAUCCGAGAAACAAACUGUCAAACCACAGGGAGCACCGGUGUAAUUUUCAAAAGUUGAGGACUAUAGAUGUUAUUUUACAAAACCACAGGGUUUCAUCGAGAUGGACCAGAAGUGGGUGUGCGUAUCUCGAAUCAGCAAGGAGAAGAAGGUGUACGUCUCUUCAAAUUUGUUAAGUGAGUGGGAGAUGAAGAGGCUGUCUCUAAUCCACAAGAAGGGGUCAUUCCCAAUCAACAACGAAAAGAAGAAGAAGAAGAAGAGGCUGCGCUUAUCCCCAAUCAACAAGAAGAAGGAGCUGUGGUUCUCUUCAAUAGGCAAGAGGAGUAAGAAGCCGGCAUCUUCAACAUAUAAAAAGAAGAGGAAGAAGGUGAGGAGGUUUAAUGGCGAGUUAAAGGACAUGAAGAAGCUUAGUAGUAACGAUGAGGCUUUUCGUCUUUCAUGGAAGACGCUUAGUGAGAUUAUAGAUACUAUUCGCUCACGGAAGACGCCUACUCCUGAGACGUAUCGGCAGUGGGAUGAGUACGCCAGAUCAUUCUAUCUUAAAAUGUGUACCUGCUUUGGUGUUGAUUAUCAGCAUUUAGAGGCCACAACUCCUCAACUGCAGGGGUUUGUUGACGGGGUGACCCCACCUUUGCCAGAAGGGAUGUCAUUGGACGAACAUUUAGCACGGACUAGUGUGGGGUUUGUUUUGAGGACCCUCUCCUGGGCAGACGGGGAGCAUUUUGAACCGAAAAAGCAUAUGGACGUUACGGGCCCUAUCCAAAUCAUCCAACCAGCGACAGAAGAGAUGUCAUUCGACGAGUAUGUACAUCAGGUAGGGAAUACAGUUGAGAUUAUUCCCUCGUUGUUGAUCCUUAACGGGGCGUUUGACUUCGGUUUUUAUUCACCUGGGACUGGACCCGAGCGUAUUCCGUAUCAUUUGUAUUUGUUGCUCAAGGAAGCAGUUCAUAUCAUGAGCAAUACUACUAAUGAUGAGAAAGAUUUGAAAAUGGUUGAAGAAAAGAUUUGCUUCUUUAUGACCUACUUUCACUCUCAUCUGCCACCUGGCUUUAGAUACAAGCGGCGCACGGCCUAUUACGACGUUGACUCCUAUCACAGCACGCGUGAGCCUAGAUACGAGGUGGGCGGUUACACCCUUUACCGUUUUUACUCCUUACUCAUGUGGGGGUGGGAUCCGAGGACCCGUCUCACCCCACAAUGUAUGGUUGAUAUUAUGAAUAUUAUCUACUCACGGAAGACACCUUCAUUUUGGGGGAUGAGCUGUAAUCAGAUAUCUUUCUAUUGUAAAUUAUGUUCCUGCUUUCGGAUUGAAUACGAUCGUUUAGAGGGCGCUUCUGAGGAUGCUGUGUGUUUGAUGAAUAUGAGACGAAACUAAAGGCUAGCUUCUAUGAUGAAUAAACACCAUUACACAUACACAGAAUUAUAUGAUAACCACCUCCUUGACGAUUUAAAGGAGCAAUCGUA